AUUGACGCCCAAUUGACGAAUCGUGUUUCGUCAAACGAAAAGAGUCCCGCCUAUACGGCGAAGAUAUCUGGCAUUGACAACAAACGCCUUUCGUCGUUUUUUCACUGAUUGGCUUUUUAAAGUUGCUCUCGCUGGGAAGGCAACAUGGAAAAUGUACACCUGGCGGUUGAAGAGGAUGAUAUUUACACGGGAUACAACGACUAUAAUCCAACUUUUGAUACCGAGGAGCUGGAUAACGACGUGGGCUUCCAAGAAGCAGUGAGGACCAGUCAUGGAAGAAGACCCCCGAUGACCGCUAAAUUUCCUGGUACUGCCACAGGAGGGCGCCCUUUAGCUUCUUCUUUUGGGAAUCGGAUGACAUCCUCUAUGGGCCGGCCAGUGACUGGUGCCAUACUGGAUGGAGCGUCUCGACCCAUGUCUGCAGUCAGAGCUGCUGGCUUCACCUCGUCACGAGCACGUGGUUCAACCUUUGACCCGCUGGGCCAGUCCAGAGGCCCUGCACCCGCACUUGAAGAAAAGAAAGACGAUUUGCCUGAGGAGAAGAUCAAGAUCUUGGAGAAGAAAGUGAAUGACUUGAUAACAGAGAGCUGCAUGGCACAAAGCAUGGGCAAUUCACAAUUGGCUCUUGAAAAAGCCAAAGAAGCUGAGAGAAAGGAGAGAGCGCUGGUGAGACAGAGGGAGCAGUCUGGCAACGUCGAACAAAUCAACAUAGAUCUGACGUAUGCUAUCCUUCUCAACCUGGCUAACCAGUAUGAAAACAAUGAGAUGUAUCCAGAGGCCCUGAGUAGCUACCAGCUCAUUGUGAAGAACAAGAUGUUCCCCAACGCAGGACGUCUGAGGGUCAACAUGGCCAACAUCUUUGUCAAGCAGAAGAACUAUCCCAAAGCCAUUAAAUUCUACCGGAUGGCGCUGGAUCACAUCUCAGACGACUACAAGGAGAUGAGGAUCAAGAUCAUGCAGAACAUCGGCACCGUCUUCGUCCUGCUGGGCCAGUACUCGGACGCCAUCACGUCUUUCGAGCACAUCAUGAGCAAGAGUCCCAACAUCAGGACCGGCUACAACCUCGUCCUGUGCUACUACGCCACAAGAGACGGGGAUGGCAUGAAGAACGCCUUCCAGAAGCUCCUCUCUGUCCCGCUGGGCAUCGACGAUGAUGACAAGUACAUCUCGGCUAACGAUGACAUCGGGUCCCACAUGUUGAUGGAGGCCAUCAAGAAUGACAAGCUGCACCAAAUGGAGAGAGAGUUGAAAGCUCGAGCUGAGAAGUACGUGAUGACGGCCGCUAAGCUCAUUGCUCCAGCCAUCGAGGCUUCUUUCGCCGCUGGAUUUGACUGGUGUGUUGACAUGGUGAAGAGCUCUCAAUACAUUGAUCUGGCAAACGAUCUGGAGAUAAACAAAGCCAUCACCUAUCUCAGACAGAAGGACUUCAACCAGGCAGUGGCAAUACUGAAGACAUUUGAGAAGAAAGACAGCAGAGUGAAGAGCGCCGCUUCCACCAACCUGUCUGCUCUGUUCUUCCUGGAGAAGGACUAUGAGCAGGCAGAGCGAUAUGCCGAUCUGGCCAUGAUAGCUGAUCGCUACAAUCCAGGUGCUCUCGUCAACAAGGGCAACACAGAGUUUGUCAAACAGGACUAUGUGAAGGCGACAGAGUUCUUCAAAGAAGCCCUGAGGAAUGACUCCUCCUGCACCGAGGCUCUCAGAAACCUGGGUCUCACCUACAAGAAGCUGAAUCGUCUGGAGGAUGCGCUGGACUGCUUCCAAAAGCUCCACGCCAUUCUUAGGGAUAGCGCUGAGGUCAUGUAUCAGCUCGCUGACACUUAUGAGCUUCUGGAAGACCCCCAGCAGGCUAUAGAGUGGUUGAUGCAAGUCAUCAGCGUGGUCCCCAAUGACCCCAAGGCUUUGGCCAAACUGGGGGAUCUGCACGACCUGGAGGGGGACAAGUCCCAGGCAUUGCAUUACUACUGUGAGUCCUUCAGACUCUUCCCUUGCAACAUGGAGGUGAUUGAGUGGUUGGCGGCCUACUAUGUCCAGACGCAGCUCUAUGAGAAGGCCAUUCAGUACUUCGAGAGAGCCAUACUUGUACAGCCAAGCGAGGUGAGGUGGCAACUCAUGGUGGCCAGCUGUUACAGGAGAAGUGGAAAUUACCAGAAAUCUCUAGAUACAUACAAAGAAAUCCACCGCAAGUUUCCGGAGAAUGUGGAAUGUCUACGCUUCCUGGUGAGGCUCAGUCAGGACAUGGGCCUGCAAGAAGUCCAGGACUACGCCACCAAACUGAAGAAGGUGGAGAAGAUGAAGGAGCUCAGAGAGCAGAAAACAUCUGGGUGUAUCCAAAAACGGGCACUGGUCAGUGCAGCUCCACAAUGAGGAUGAGAAACAUCUGUUGGUUUUUUCCCUUCCUUCUGCGGCGUGCAAUAGAGAGGAGCCUUUCUAUGGUGUCAAACACUCAACUUGUGCAGUUGUUGGAUCCAAUUUGUUUGCACUCAUUCACUUACCAUGUCAGAUGGUUGGAGCCUACGCUCACCAUGAUUUGUUCAUGUGAUGUAAUGGGAAGUUUGUCUUGUCGCUACUGGAGCUGUACUUGAACUUCUUCUCAGCACACACGCAUCCAACCUUUAGUCGUGACCGCAUCCAUCCACCUCUGGCAUGCAUGUGGCAGGAUAGAAUCCUAAAACCACGUGCCACGGUCCUGUACACUUGUCCAGAGCCAGGAGCAGCAGCCGGGUACCAUGACUUUGUCAAAUCACAUCCAGCUGCUCUUCUGUGCACUGAGAAUGGUCUGGAUGAGAGGAAUGCUAACUCCUAAGUCCCAAGUCCUCCCUUGGCUUGGAAAUCUGUGACCGCAAGGAUUUGACAAAAAGAAAUCUUUGCACAUUUUGUGUGUCUUUUGCAGUGACACUGUCAGCGCCGUCUCAUGUUCCAACAAUGCUGUCAUAGCUCUAAUAGGUAUCAUAUUGUGUUGACGCAACAUGUGUUCCAUUGCGCUCAUUGGGAUGAAGACGUGUCUGAUGUAGGGAACGCUCUGGUGUCAAACUCAAUCUGGCUGCUUUCGUUUUAGGGCUGGCGGUGUAAGCUGUGGACGCCACCAUGUUUUGUGGCGUGUAUUGUUUCAUAAGCGCCUCACAUAAGCAACACUGUUGAUCCCAUUUAUGGCUCGGAAAAAAUGUCCUCUAUUUGU